UAGUGUGGCUGGUAAAAAUGGCUGCUCGGCAUUGGUCGGCGCGACGAGAAAACUAGCAAUGCAAGCUCGGCUUUCUGGCCCGAUUGGGUGGCCUUGGUAUGGUAACUUCCUCUUAUCACCACCCGCCCUGAAAUCUUUGGAAGCUCCUUCUCAGCAAUCCCAUCUGGAAGCUCCUAGCUCCUCGCUUACUGUCUCAGAGAUUCCUCAGAAAUCCCUGACCGCUCAGCUCCCCUAGGCAUCCUGGACACAGCAGGAAGAGCCACGCUACGUUCCCAGCUGGGCUCCUCCAUGCUCGAAUCCUCUCGCUCCCUUCGCACGAGCAGUCGAAACGAAGCGCCCACAGCAGCCUCCAGGAUGAAGCCCCGCAUUCCCGCAUUCGGGGACUGGGUGCUAGACGAUAACGAUAACGAUGACGAUGACGGCGCGUGCAGCCGUCGACUGAAAUACACGCAGGAAUUCGCCCUCCUCCGCCAGAAGCCCCGCCGCCCUCCCUCUCCCCACUCCCUCCUCCUCGAACUCUCUAUACCCCCUCCGCUCUCCCCCAUUUCCCCGAGUACUUCCGCCGGCUCCGCCCCUUCCGCCGCUUCCGCCGCUUCCUCGGAGACAGGCUCUCGGCAUUCCCGAGGUGCAAGCAGCGGCCGUAGCAGCAUCGGUGGAGGCGAAACGAGCCGGUCUGCGAGCAGCAGGGAGGGGAGCGCGAGCCAUGAUGACGUGGACCUCGCAUUGGCGUCCACGUCAGCCCUGUCCCCCAUGUCCCCAGCGGCCGACACGUGUCUGUUCCCGCAAUGGGCGCCGAUUCUUCCGCCGCGCCGAAUCAGCAGCCAGGGGCGCAAAGGGGGCAUUCUGAGCGGCGGCAAGGGCGCCAGCAGGGGCAGCAGCGGCAGCAGCUACAACAGCCGCAGCAGCCGCAGCAGCAGCAGCGGUGGCAGUAGCGGCGGCAGCAGUGCGAAGUCAGGGCUCGACUCAUCUCGUGUCGACGACGGCAUGCCCCCGCCGUUGCUCCCACUCUCCGCCAGCUCCUCGUGCCAAGCAUCCGACUCCGACUCCUGCGACGCUUUCGUCGCCACCGCCUCUUGCGACAGCUUCUGCUCGACAAAAUGCGACGACUCUCCUCGUCCACACGUUGAAUGCGACUCACCGCCCCUACCUCCGGGGGACGACUCGCCUCCUCCCUAUCCCCCGCCUCGGUUUUCCUUCUCCUUUCACUCGCCCGUGGCGGUGUCCCCGCCAGGCGCAACGAGCGGCGGAGCCUCCCCCGCCGAGGCGGCGGAGCAGGUCCGCCAGCGGCUGCGCAACUCGCGCAACCUCCGCAUUUCCGUCUCGCGCCAGCUCAUGGACAGCAGCAACAGCGCGCCCUCCUCCCCCGUGCGCGCAUCCGGCGCAUUCGGCUCCCCCUUCGGCUCCCCAACCGCACUCCCCCAUGAAGGCUCGUCCGCAACCCCGGGGCGGAGGGGAUCGCGCGCGCAAAACGCGGCGGGAGCGGCGGCGGCGGCGGCGGCGGACAGAUGUUGGGAUGACUCGUCGUUGUUAGCGCUUUUGGAGCACAGCCGGCUGUGCCGCCAGGAGGUGGUGCAGCUGCUCGGCCUCUGCCAGCCCGGCGUCGCCCCGCUUGCGCCGCUAGCGCCACCUGCGCCAGUCGCGCCACCUGGGCCAGUUGCGCCAGUCGCCCCAGUUGCGCCAGUUGCGCGUCCAACCGGGACGGAAGGGCAGGCGGAAGUCCCUGUGGGGGGGGCUGCAGCGGAUGGGGGAGCGGAAGCGAGGUUGAAGGCCAGCAGAGCGUGCGCUGGGCAGCGGGCUGGCUCUCAUCCUGGCAGCACAGCGGAACGUGGCACUGAUGCCGGGAGCAGGGAGAAGCCGCUGGCUGGCAGUUGUGGCUCUGAUGCUGACGGAUCGGCGAAGGGUGAGGCUGGGCAACAGGGAACGGAUGGAAGGGCAGGUGGGGAAGGAAUGGGCGGAGGCAUGGGCGGAGGCAUGGGCGGAGGCAUAGGCGGAGGCAUGGGCGGAGGCAUGGGCGGAGGAAUGGGCGGAGGAAUGGGUGGAGCAGCCUCGUCUGCUCCUUGCAGCGCUCCUCCCUCGUCCUCGCCCUCGCAGUCACGGGGCAGGGCAGGCCCCCCCACCAUGUCAUCCGCGUUAAAGUACGAUGCGGGGUCGGAGGGCAAGGGGUUCAGCAUGAUGUUUGCAGAGAUGCGGCAGAGGCGGCAGCAGGAAAAGGCCGGUGCUGAAUCCACUGGUGCUGCUGCUGCUGCUGGAAUUGAGAGCAUGGCCAUAGAAGGUAGUUUCCAGGGUGCAACUGCUGCAGUACUACCAGCACCAGUAGCGCCUGCUCAUGGAAACACCGGUGCCGACAGCAGCAGCAGCCCCAGAGGCAAGGCUUCUCGUGGCCCCAGCAAGGGUCUACAGUGGAUCGGUGUCCGCGCGGACGAUAUGGAUUUUAUCCUCAAGGAGCUGGCAGAGGCCGCCAUGGGCGGGGGGGAGGAGGUGGCUGGGUUUGACGAGUUCGAGGGGGAGGAGAACAAGACGGAUGACACUGAGGAUGAUGUGGGGGGGUUAUCGGAGAGUGACAGUGGCAGUGAUGAGACUAGUGAGUGUGACUGUAGUGAAGCAGAGAGGAGGGACAAUCAGCUGAUUGCAGUGCUGAGGAAGGCACAGGGCAAGCAGGGCAAGGACUGUGUGAGUGGCAUGGCCGAAGGAGGUGGCCGGCACCAUCGUGCUGGGAUGAUGCAAGGGGAGAAGGGCAGGCGCCAGGUGCAUUGGCUGCGACGAACUCAACGCAGGACAGAGGUGGUUCUUCAAAAGCUGCGACACCUAGUUCUAGGGAGACCAUCUGAGGAUCAAAGUAUGGCGCACCGUUGUUGUGCUAAGCCUUGAAUUCCAAUAUUGCAUCAGGAAUAAAAUGGCAUGUAAAAUGCCAGACGUUGCUGUGCAAUGGCAUGUUGAAGAUAGGAAAUUGUACUAUCUAUGCUUUAUGUGAUAUGUGGAAAUUUGAGGCAA